GACUAACUUCCGUGUGAACGCACCGCGCCGCUCUACCUAACGCCGCGCGCUGUGAACGCGCACGCGAGCGCGUUGCUUGCCGCGAUUAUAUCACAAGAGACAAGACCGUAUGGCCGCCUUCGCCUUCGUCCGCCAAAUCUAGAUGUGUGUGACGCCGGACGCGAUAUAUUAAUAUGCGACGCUAACGUGACGAGUGAGUAGUACUCGCGAGUUACUUGGCGGAGAGCCACCGCGUCAGUUCGCCGGCUUUGAGUUUAUUUCCGUCGCGAUCGACUAGAAAGCGAUUAUACGGCUCGGCCUCCCCCGGCGAAUAUUCGACUGUGUCCGAUCGUGCGAUCCGCCGUUCGACAUGUGGCUGGCGAUCCCGCUUGCGUUGUUGAAUUAUUUGCUGUUGGUCGCAUCGGAGAAUAUCAUCCUGAUUAUUACCGACGAUCAGGACUUGACUCUAGAUGGCAUGACCCCGAUGACGCGCACGAUGGAUCUUAUCGGGCAGCAUGGCGCUACGUUUACAAAUUGUUUCGUAGCCUCGCCGAUCUGUUGCCCCAACCGAGCGUCCAUCUUGACCGGACGUUACCAACAUAACCAUUUAACGGUGAAUAAUACAAUCGCCGGUGGUUGCAGCGACACACAAUGGCAGCAGUUGCAAGAGCCGGCGACAUUCGCCGCUCUUUUGCGAAAGCUCGCCGGAUACAAAACGUUUUACGCAGGAAAAUAUUUGAAUGAGUACGGGAACAAUAAGGUCGGCGGAGCGGCCCAUGUGCCGGUAGGAUGGGACUGGUGGGCCGGUCUUUUAGGGAACUCCAAGUAUUACGAUUACUCGUUGUCGAUAAACGGCACCGGGAGGUUAUACGGUAACGGUUCGAGUGAUUAUCUUACCGACGUGAUCAGUAAUCUGGCUGUAGAUUUUAUUAACAAACACACCGACAACACUCAGCCGUUCCUCAUGGUAUUAGCUCCUCCAGCCCCUCACGCACCCUUCACACCUGCUGACAGACAUAACCAUAAAUACAAUGGCACGAAAGCGAAGAGGACCCCGAAUUUUAACGUGCCAGUGCAUGAGAAUAAACAUUGGUUAGUUAGGAAUGGUCCGACUCCUUUACCGGACGACGUGUUGCCGAGAUUGGAUGAUAUAUACAGCAGAAGAUGGGAGACUUUGUUAGCGGUGGAUGAAUUGGUCGAAACCGUACACGAGUCGCUGAAGAGGCGAAAUCUCUUGCAUGAUACCUACUUCAUUUACACUUCCGACAACGGAUAUCAUAUUGGUCAGUUUAGUAUGCCGAUGGAUAAGCGUCAACUCUACGAGACCGACAUACGAGUCCCAUUAAUGAUAUCUGGUCCAGGAAUCGCCCCGGCUACAAUUUCCGCGCCUGUCAGUAGCGUAGAUAUCUUCGCCACGCUCUUAGAUAUAGGCGGCGUCGAGUAUCCAUCGGACGGAAGAACAUUGUUUAAGAAGAAAGAUAAUUUGCCAGUAGAUCGUACUCUUCUGAUAGAAUACAGGGGGGAGAGAUCCAAACAUAGAUCGUCUUCCGGAUGUCCAAGCGACAGGGAUCUCAACGUUACGUUGUGCAUGAAGGAGAUGAUGUGCAAGUGUCAGGACGCCGCGAACAACACGUUCAGUUGCAUUCGCCGCGUCUCCUCGAAUUUCAAUAACAUCUUCUGCGUCUUCGAGGACGACCAGGAAUUUGUCGAGGCUUACGACUUGAACGUCGAUGAGUACCAAAUGACAAAUAUCGGAUAUACCAUGAAGAAAGGACUGAGACACAGAUUCCGAAACCGUCUGAAGAGAAUGACGGCGUGUCGAGACGCCGAUUGCAUUCUCGCGAUGCCUCCAACGACGACAGGUGAUUAUCAGGCGAUGGAGAGCGAUUAUUCAAGAACAAAUAAAACGAGCGGAGUUGGCUUCCGUUUACCAUUGGAACGUUUACUAAUAUCUAUCUUCAUGCCUCUCGCUAUAUCCACACGUCAGUUAUUGUAAGAGAGUUACGAAGUAUAAUAAAGUGUCUUAAGUCAA